AUGGAUUCCUGUAAAUUUUACAUUAACUACAAUGGUCAAUCCAUUGACUUUGAAAAUUUUGUUCACCGUAUGGACUUAAAAUACUUGGACAGAUUGAUGAAAAUGUACUUAGGUGCUAACACUGGUUUAAGAAAUAAAGAGAUCAGAUACACUACUAGACCAGCUGGUUCAUCAUUCCAAACUUUUUCAGCUGAAAACACCAAACCAAUUCACUCCGAUGUCGAUGUUAAACAAUUUGGUAUCAGUGCUGCCGAUAGCUCUCUAGAGGGUGUUAUCGUUGUCACUGACAAGACCAGCUCUUUCCAAACAUCUAACUUCAACACUACUGCCAGUGUUGCUUCCAACAACGAUGAUGUUACAUUAUCUUUAGGUCAAUGGACUGAAUUGACCAACUGUAUCAAGAAACUUGAAACUGUUGUCAACGUCAAAUGUCCUCAAUCUUCCGCUAGACAAACAAGAGUCAACAACAUGACCCACAAGAACGUUAAGUGCAAUGGUUGUGUCUCCAAGAACUCUAACCAUAAUGAUAUCAGAGGUUACCGUUACAAAUGUGUUGUUUGCCCAGAAUUCAACUUAUGUGACCAAUGUGAAUCUCAAAACUUUGAAAUGUUCAACCAUUCUUCCGCUCACAAUAUGAUUAAGUUCAAGAACUCUGAAUUGCAAACUUCCAAUGCGAGCUACAUAAAUGCCACUCAAAACCUUAGCAGUGGCCAACUUAGCAAUCCCCAACUUAGCAAUGGCCAACUUAGCAAUUCCUCAAACCCAGAAUUUUUAAAUGCUAUUAAAGUUUCAGUAAAACAAACUGACUUCAAUUAUGCUUUCAAAGUCGAGAAUGGUAAAAAGGCAUUACCAGGUAACUUAACACUAGAAGUUCAAUGGAAUCAAAACGUUAAGAGUGUUAUUGAAUUAGGUGAAUCUAGUUUGUUGUCAAAUGAUAAUAAAAUUAUUAAAUACAAUAAUUUCGUCAAUCAAAGCACACGCCCAUUCUGGAAGCCAGUUAUUCAACAAGUUAGACUAAUGACUAAAGAAUCUAAACCAUUGUAUUCGGGUAAGAACACCAACGACUACAAUGGUGAAAUAAUGUUAUACCCAUCUCAACUAUCACAAGUCAAUUUGGAACAAAUGCAAAGACAAUUCAACUCUCUUUCAGUUACUGAAAAUGAUGUAAUUAGUACUGCUACCAAUACUAACAUCAGCAGAGACAACGAUUGGGAAGAAUUGGAUUUAUUAAGUGAAGAUGAAUAUUAA